AAUACAUUAUCUAUUACCCACAAACCUUAUCGAGUGAAAGUGAAGAUUGGGAAGGGGGUAGUAGCGAAAAUGGCGUCGAUUGCAGCUUCUUCUACUUUCCACUCGUUUUCAACAACCAAAAGCCCUAACCUUUCUUCGACCCAUCUCCUUCCUCUCUCCAAAAACCUCACCUUUCGAACCAAACCCAUCGGAACCAGCAGAGUUUGCAGCUUUACGAAACAUAACAACCGCCUUGGGUUGAAGAAGCUUUCGUCCCUUGGCGAAGGAGGAGUAGAAGCCGUCGCAGUUGCAGAUGAAGAGCAGCAACAACAGCAGCAAGAGACUGUCUCUGUCCCUGUCUCUCCUUCAGACAUGCUCACCAUGUUUUUUCAGGCUGAUGGAACUUUGAAUGAAGCAGCUAUUCCUAAUGUGACAAAGGCCUUACAGGACAUGGAUGGAGUUUCCAACUUAAAGGUUCAAGUUUCUGAAGGUGUUGCCGUUGUUGAGCUAUCAAAGCAAACAACGGUUCAAGCAACAGGAGUGGCGUCAAGCUUGGUAGAGACUAUACAAGGAGCUGGCUUUAAGUUACAAACCUUGAACCUGAGCUUUGAAGACGAAGAUGAAGUUCUUGUCUAAUUAAUAUCAUCUUUCUUCUCAAGCCCAACUUUUUGUGAUUAAAGAAAACACAUUAAUGUCAAUGUGCCAUAUUACAAAAGUAAUGAACUCUCUCACUUUCUUACAAAA